UAUAUUAAGUAUUUACGCUUAUAUUCCUAUAUUAUUUAUUAUUUUAUUAAAUUAAAAAAGCGCCCUAAAGGCGAUAAAUUUCGAACAAGAGUUCAAAAGGGUUAUUUCAUCGGUUUCGACGACCUUUAUAACCGUAUUAUCUUUAUUUGGAACCUAGUUAUUAGUAAACUUCUUCGAAUUAACGCUAUAACUUUCCUUGAG